AUGUACACAGCGCACAAGAGCCACGAAGAGAGGAGAGAAUCCCUCCCAGCAGGAGAAGAGUUUGACAGCCUCAUCAAAAGAAUGCAGGCCAACGAGAUAGAAGAAAAGGUGAAAAUAGCCAUCGCAGGAAAGUACUUCUCCGCAGGAAAGGAGGAAAACUACCUGCGCGUAAUAGAAACAGUCUCUCCAAAGACCCCAGAGGAGUACGCCCUAAAGAACAACCAGGACAUAACCGUCCACCUCGUGAAGUACGGAAGAACCAGAAAAAUCGAGCACCUAACCGCCUCGAGAGAGCUAAUGGGAAAGACUCCUAUAAUUCCCUCCGUAAAAACUCUUUUUUUACUUUCCACAGAAGCAGAAGAGGAGGAAAUCCUCCGGGAAAGCUACAAAUUAGACAGAAUGUGCCCACACUCCGCCAAGUUAAAGGCUCUCUCCUUCAUAAACGCAGAGAAGUACGAGGAAGCUAGCGCAGUGAUCUCCCGAGUCCCCCCAUCCCUCGAGAGAACCCUCCUGGAGCUGACAGUCUCCGCUAGAAGGGGAGAGGAAAAGGCGAGGGAGAUCUACAAAAGACUCCUCGAGGAGGCAAAGGGAAAAAUCGGAUCAGAUCUCCACGUAGAGUACGCGAAAAGACUUUUUGAUGAGGGCCCAGGAAUUGGCCCAGAUCUAAUCAUCUCAGAAGUGCAGCAGAACCUGAAAAAAUCUUCAAGUGUCGCCCUCGGAAGCGCAAAGCAACUCCUCGAGAAAACAACAAAAGCCCCAGAAGACGCAGUUCAGCACAUAAAUAACUCAAAAAAACUUUUCCUAGAAAUCGAACUUAUACGAGCAGAGGAACUCCUCAGCAAAAAAAGGUACCUAGAAGCAAGAGAACUCGCCCAAACCCUCAAGGAAAAAAAACUCCCCAUGAAAGAGAGCACCUCCGAAAGACUCGCCCUCAUUAUGAUAGUCUCUGCCCUCGGACUCGGAAAGACAUGCGAUCUAGACGUCCUCUGGAUAGUUAAUGCCCUCUCCCCGCGAGAACAGAGAAGGGGAGACGUACAACUCGCAGACUUUGUAGAACUCAUAAAAGUCAGAGAAGAACAACCAGCCCUGAAUAACAAAGCACUCUCCUCCGCGAAGAAGAUGCUUCGCCUCGCAAAGAAUACACAUCUCCUCUGGAAGCCCACAGUAGACGAGGGAAAACUCCUCAACCGCAUCGGAAACGUAUACUUCGCACAGAAGAAAGUAGAAAAGGCGAGAGAAGCCUACGAAGAAGCCCUGAAACUCGCAGACGGUGAGACCGCAGAAAGAGUCCGUGAGAACAUCCAGAAACUCGAGAGAUGGACAAGAAGGAGAGAUCUCUCCGUGCAGGAGUGGCCGGAAAUGACCUGCCUCUUCAAAGCCCUCGGAUUCGAAGGAGAAUCCCCCUCCGUGAGAGAGUACGUUGUGAAUACAACACACACGGAAACAACAGAGAAGGCAGCAGAUAUGCUCGAGGAAAUAGCACACGCCCUGCAGGAAAAGAACGAGAACGGGAGAGAGACGGAGAGAAUCGUAGAUAUCCUCGCCCUCUGCAGCCUCGUAAAGUUCAGAAAGCAGAUCCUCUCCCCGGCAGAGGUCAGAGAGAGCAGCACUGCAACACUUUAUAACCACAUGCUUUUCUGGAUCAGAAACGGAGAAGAGCUAGACCUGGGAACAGUCCAGGAGGCAGCGGAGAGAUACGCGUCAAAAUACUCCACAGAGUCCCAGGGAAUGCUCGCAAGAGAGGCAGUUUUCCUCGCCCUGGAGUACCUCGCAAAACGAGGGAGGGAGAGACUCUUUCGGGAGGUCCUGGAAACAGUCCGGGAGAAGAUCCAGGGAGACAGCGCGUGGAAGGAGGUGCAGGACAUGGAGGCAGCACUCGAAGAGAUGAACAGGCCUAUGGAGGAGGAGCCGGAGAAGGAGCAGGAAAAAGAGAAGGAAAAAGAAAAAGAAAAAGAGAAAAGGAGCGAGCAGGAGACACAGGAGCUGCGCGUGAAGAGGGAGGAGGUCAUGCGGAUGCUCAUGGAGACACCCCAGAAGAAGCCCGGGAAGAGGCGGAGGGAGAAGCAGGAGGAGGGCGAGAGAGCGAAGAAAAGGCGGCAGGAGAUAUCCAGAGAAGAGCCGAGGGAUGAACCCGUGCCCGUCAGGAAGGCAUCGCACACAGUCCUCACAAGCGACGAAGAGGAUGCAUAG